CCCGCUCCCUCUCUCUCCCUCUCCCUCUCUCUCUCUCUCUGUCGUCGCUUGUUGUGGCUGUUAAAUUUUAAACUGCCAUGCACUCGGCGUCCAGUAUGCUGGGAGUGGUGAAAAUGGAAGGACACGAGCACGCGGAGUGGAGCAACUACUACGGCGAGCCGGAGGGCUACUCGGCCAUGAACGCCGGCCUGGGCAUGAACAGCUACAUGGGCAUGGCCGGCAUGGGCACGGCGGCGGGCAACAUGACGGGCUCCGGAGGCUCGAUGGGCAUGUCGUACGCGGCGGGGCCGGCGGGGAUGAGCCUCUCCCCGGGCGCGGGGGCCAUGGCCGGCAUGGCGGCCCACCUGAGCCCCAGCCUGAGUCCGCUGGGGGCCGGGGCCGGCUCGAUGGGGGGCCCGCUGGGCGCUUAUUCGGCUCUGAGCCCCGUCGGGGGCGGCGGGGGCGGCGGGCCCUACGGCGGGGGUCCCCCGGGUCCCUCGGGCUCCGUCGGGGGCCUGGGCCGGGCCCGGGACGCCAAGAGCUACCGCCGGAGCUACACUCACGCCAAGCCGCCCUACUCCUACAUCUCUCUGAUCACCAUGGCCAUCCAGCAGUCGCCCAACAAGAUGCUGACGCUGAGCGAGAUCUACCAGUGGAUCAUGGACCUCUUCCCCUUCUACCGCCAGAACCAGCAGCGCUGGCAGAACUCCAUCCGCCACUCGCUCUCCUUCAACGACUGCUUCCUCAAAGUGCCCCGCUCCCCGGACAAGCCCGGCAAGGGAUCCUUCUGGACCCUCCACCCGGACUCCGGCAACAUGUUCGAGAACGGCUGCUACCUCCGGCGCCAGAAGCGCUUCAAGUGUGACAAGCCCCCCGGGGCGGCCAAGCAGCAGCAUCAGCAGCAAUCCGGAGCCCCGGGGGGCUCUCCGGCCUCGUCGGGGGGCUCCUCUUCAUCGCACGGCAAGAAGGCAGCCGCCCAGCCCUCGCAGCAGCCCGAGCGCCCCGACCUCCCCAACGGCGGAGCCCCCGAGUCGCCCCACUCCAGCGCCUCCCCCUGCCAGGAGCACAAGCGGGGGCCCCUGGGCGACCUCAAGGGCCACCCGGAGCCCGCCCCGUCCCCGGCCCAGCAGCAGCAGCAGCAACAGCACCUGUUGGCCCAGCACCACCUGGCCUCCCACGAGGCCCACCUCAAGGCCGAACACCACUACGCUUUCAACCACCCCUUCUCCAUCACCAACCUCAUGUCCUCCCCGGAGCACCACCAGCACCCCCCGCACCCCCACCAGCACCCCCAGCACCAGCACGACCCCAAGGCCUACGAGCAGGUCAUGCACUACACCAGCUACGGCUCGCCCGUCGCCGGCAGCCUCGCCAUGGGCCCCGUCGCCAACAAAAGCCCCCUCGAGGCCUCCCCGCUGGGGCCCGACGCCGCCUACUACCAAGGGGUCUACGCCCGGCCCAUCAUGAACUCCUCCUAAAGGGACCCCUGGCCGCCUGGCCGCCCUUCCUUCCCUUUUUCCUUCCUUCCUUCCUUCCUUCCUUUUGUGCUUCCUUCUUCUGCCUCCUUUACUCCCUCCUUUCCUUUUUUCCUCCCUCCCUUCCCU